AUGCGAGCGUGGGUCUUAGUUGCCGCGGUGCUCUGGUACCUCCCCCGAACUGGAUGGCAGCGUUUUUCCGAAGUCACUAAAAAAGGCUUCGUUUUUGGCAAGACAGCGCACACAGUGAAAGUAUAUGUAGAAUUACAUCACCAUAGCCCAUUCCUUGUCUGUAUGGAUAUAAAACAUGCUAGGAAAGAAAUAGUGGACCCCACCUACUCAUGGAUUGGGCCUAAUGAAAAGCCAUUAAAAGGAAACUAUCGAAUGAAUAUAACUGAAACAGGAAAGCUGAUGGUGAAAGAUUUUCUGGAGACUUUUUCUGGACUUUACACAUGUACUUUUUCUUAUAAGAUCGUCAAAGCACAAACCCAAGUAGAAAAGAUGGUAAAACAGAGAUAUGAGUUCAUGAUGUUUGCCUAUCGGGAACCUGAUUAUUCGUAUCAGAUGGCUGUACGUUACACCACAAAAUCUUGCGUAGGAAACUAUAAUGACCUGUUUUUUAGAGUGCUGAAGAAAGUCUUGGAUAAUUUAAUCUCUGAUUUGUCAUGCCAUAUCAUUGAUUCAUCAUAUAAAUGCCAUUUGGUGGAAGUUCCAAAACAUGGCGUCAUAGCUGAGCUAUUUAUAGCUUUUCAAGUUAACCCUUUUUCACCACAGUGGAAAAGUGUGUGUCAAAACUCUGCUGACUGUGAAGAAAUUACUAACCGUAAUAUCCUCCAGGCAAGAGACCGAAUAGCAGAAUUUUUCCGGCGGCAAGCGAAUCUUUUCUACCAUGAUCCUAGUAAAAUUCUCCCCGCUCUGCACUUUGUGGACCACAGCUUUGAAAUGGCACGUAUGGACAGCUGCCGUCCGGGCUUUGGGAAAAGCGAAGGCAUGCAUAGUAACUGUGCUACGUGUUGCGUGGUUUGCAGCCCUGGGACUUUCAGCCCCGACGGUGAUGUCACUUGUCAGACCUGCACUUCGGCCCACACCUACGGAGCUAAAUUGUGCCCCCCGACAUAAAGUGCAGCACGAAGACUGGAGACGCAGGUGACACAGUUUUGACUGAAGAGCUCUAAUUUAGGCGCCCGGAGCCUACCUAAUUUUUGU